AUGUUGUUGGAUGUGCUGACAGUUGACAGUGACAGGCUCAUUGUGACAAGUGACAGAGAUGAAAAGAUCCGGAUCAGUGGUUACCCAGACGGCUACAACAUCCAGGCUUACUGCCUCGGCCAUACACAGUUUGUUAUUUCCCUCGCCUAUGACGAACGCAGGAAGUGGCUGAUAUCGGCAUCAGGGGAUGCCACCCUGCGUGUGUGGACUUUGAGUGGCAAGGAACUAUGCUGCAAGAGCGUAUUGUCGGAUAUCCCAGCAAUAGAGACGGUGUCUGGUAUGAAAGUGGACAACACAGAUGAUGCGCUCCCUGUAGAUGUGGGGAGUAACAGACAGGAUGUUCCGUUGUCAUUGGAGAGAGGCAAAGACAGACAGACAUCCAGGAUUGCCAUUCAACAGAUUUGUUACUGCUCGGACUGUCAGCUGUUGUUUGUGGCUAUUUACAAGUCCCCUGACAUUCUGGUGUACAGACUGCUCACAACAGAACACAGUGAGAGUGUGAGUCUACAGUUCAUGUCCAGGCUGAGUGGUGAGGGGCACAUUGCCAGUAUGUGUGUAGGACGAUGUGUGCUGUGGACAGUCAGGCAAGGAACACAACAGCUGAGUCUUGCAGCCUUCCAGGUGGAGAAUCUCAGUGAUGCAGUUAAGCUGGUGCCGGUGUCUGACAGCAGACCAACCGAGGCGACAGUCUUGAAGACAUUGUCCAGCCAGCCAGAUCUGCUGCAAGCACCCUCACAACCGCUGGACCUGAUCCCGUCGCUGUGGAAAACACCAUUCCAGGAAAAUCUUAAGUAUGAGAACAACCCGAAACGACAUAAUGAGAAUGGAAGCAAGAAACCAAACAAGAAACAGAGAAAGUUAAAGCAGUAA